AGCUGGGUGGUCUCCACUCAGACCCUCAGACCUCUGAGGACUGUUCCCUUUGUAUCUGCAGGGUUUUGUCCUGCAGUUUGUCUGCGGUGCCUGAGCGCCACCUGCUGGUCCAGGUUAUUAUUCCCCUCUGAACUGAUCAGAGAUACAGUAUUUCAGCUCUCAAACAUCCAGGUGCAGAAACAUGUGAUGCAGGUGCAACAAACAGAGAAAUGACGUCUUUGAUAAAAGUGAUGAUUAAAGAGUUAAAGAGCAUUAAUGUGAUUAUGCAGCAGAUUCGUCUGUUACUGUUUAUUCCUCAUUAAAGGAGGAGUUUCUGUUAUUACACUGAAAGUAUGAAAGUAGAAACUGUGCAGGAUUAAAAAGUCAAAGUAAAGUGAAUUGAAGUACUCAGGAUGAGUAAAGAUACUUCUUAAACCUCAGGUGAAUUAAAAAAUCAGACAAGAAGCCGACGGUCACUACGUGAAAGUUUCUAUGUAAAAUGAAAGUAGAGUUAAAUAAAAUCCAUUAGAGUCACAAAGAUUUUAUUUAUGUUUUUAUCUGUGUAAAACAUACUGAAAAACCAAAUACCCAGAAACCCAGAGAAAUAAAGAACAUGUCAAACUGAAGAAAACUCAUGAGACCAGACUUUUAUUAGAGAUUAUUAAUCUCUGUGAUUAGAGAUUAAUUUCAUAUUUAACCACUGAACAAACUCUGGUUUUAUCUGACGAUCUUUGUACAAAAUUGAUGUUACCUCAGCAAAACUACACAGUUAAAGAAAUCCUAACUUUCCGAUCCGACAGAACAGCAGCUCCUCGUAAGAUUUCCACGUGUAAAAUAUAAACUAUUAACUGCGACCACGUCGCUGCUGCGUUCACGUUCUCUCUGUUCGGUGUCCUGAUUUUCUCGCAUCUCGUUUGUGUUUUUUUCUCUUUGUCUUCGUCCUCGUCACCUGUCGUCAUCUGUCUCUGUCUGCGUGAACAACAACAUGGCGGCGACUACCCAGAAUGCAAUUCCCGUUCUCUGUUGCCAUCCACCAGCAGAACAACAGUCCAGUCAUUUGUAGAGGGACUGAGGAUUCACCAGGAAUCUUCCAGAUAUUCAAUCAGUUUCAGUGAGUUCAGAACUUUUCUUGUUUAGUUUUAACUGUCGUUUUAUUGAGUUCACAACAACAUCUGGUCUAAAUUUCAUGAGAAGUGGUGAUUGGUGAUUGCUGCUGUGUUGAAUACUUCUGUCCCUGCUGGUCCCUCCUGGUCCCUGCUGGUCCCUGAUUCACCCCCCCGUUGUUAAAGGUGAAGCUGAUGGGUGGGACGUGUGACUGUGAGGUCUGUUGUGUCAGUGUGAGGAUCAGAGCUGCAGUCAUGGCUCAGGUGAAGGCAGCAGGAGACGCCGUGAGGAGCCUCCAGGACUGUGCAGAGGUUUACUCCGACAUGACCACCGUCAGCUCCAGUGCAGAUGUAGGAGAGUCGGGGAGGAAGGACUCGCUGCGUGAGACCUUGGCGGCCGCGGGUCUGAGCCGGCGGAGCAGGGCCUACCCCUCCCCGGCCAGGAGACGCCACCGCACCACCUUCAGCCACAAGCAGCUGGAACAGCUGGAGCUGGCCUUCGCACAAAACCAGUAUCCUGACAUCUACUGCAGAGAGGAGCUGGCCCGGGUCACCAAACUGAACGAGGCCCGGAUACAGGUGUGGUUCCAGAACAGACGAGCCAAACAGCGGAAGCAGGAGCGAGCGUCUCAGAAGCUCCUCCCUGUGGGCGUGAUGCCGGGUCACCGGGGUCUGCUGGGGGGGGGGGUCCACGUGCAGUCGCCCCGACAGUACUACAGCCAGCCCCUGGCCCACAUCCCCCGCCUCUCCCCCAUGUUACCCUCCGGGGCGUACCCCCGCCACCCGGGCCCGGUGGCCCAGUGCCCCUGUCCCGGCAUCCCCCCGCAGCCCCCGACCCAGCGGCAGCACGACGACUGGUACGGCCUGAGGGGGAACCUCCCCCCCCCCGUGUUCUCGCUGCAGCCUCUGGACGCCGCCUCUCACUGGAGCUGAGGCGUAAACCCACGAGGUCACCUGCUCUUCACCUGCACCUGGUUCAGGACGAGUCUGUUUCAUCUUUAAUCUGUCACAUCACCUUUGUUCACAUCCAUUAAAAUCUUCUUUAAACUA